UACACAUGCACCACAUUGUGAUAAUGCAACCCUUUCUAACACUACACCGUGCCUGUUUGUCAAACCGGAAACUGUAUUGCCGCUGACGGUAAAUUGAUUUGGAACAGAGUUUAUAGUUUAAACUAUAACAUUCGCGGUCCUUCACCAGAGAUUAGGGAAUCUCUGAUCGAUUUUCCAAAAAUCAUCUGGAUAACAAACACAAAACCCAUCUUGAACGCAAGCUUCAACAUUUUAAAUUGAAAUACCUGUAGCAAUCUUGUCAACACCUUUCAAAAUAGUAAGAAACCGCUGUCUCCAUUGGCAUCUUUCCCUGUGAUUUGUGCAUUUAAUGACUGUUUUAAAAAAAAUGAAUAUUCAUUACGGUCAAAUUCCGUUUCCAAGGGAGACAGUAAACAAGCGGAGAGAGUGAAUUCCAGCAGGAUUUAUUUGAUUUUGCUGCUUGCUGGAAACAAAUGUGUACACAUCAGUACUAGAACAGUUCGUUGUCCAAACUCUAAAGCUUGACUGAUAGCCAUGUUAACAAAGCUGAACUACGAACUGUAAUUAACAAAAAAAAUUAGGUUGGAUAUUACAAUACCUGUAACUCAAAACCAGAGUUAUUGACCGGGAUCGCUGCGAGCGGGCGUGCUUUGUUGUUACAUGAGAAAUUGGUUUAAGAUGGGGAGCAGGCAAGCAGAUUUAAGACGAACAACCUCAGCAGGGUACCGUUUACCAGAAAGACAAGCCGUUGAUCUAACGUCAGCCACCACCACCUCUACCAGCAGACAUACAGACAACAAGAGCAGAACAGCAGAGUCUUCUGGAAAGAACCUUCCUCCAGCCGGGAAUUCUGAUAAACGAGAUGCUGUGAAACAAGACCAGAUCUGGAAAGAAUCUGUUCACGCAGAAUGGCAAGGAAACAAACAAUGGCAAAGGAACUGGAGCUUUCUGAAAGAUUUUGAUCAACUGGGAAGACCAAAAGCAGAAGAGCCCUUGCCAGAGUAUGUACCAGUGUUCUCAGAUAAAGUUCCAAGUACGACGAACCGUACCUUUGGCAGCAGGAUGAACACAGACAUCGGACAGACGCUAAUACACAAGGACAGUCUCCUGAGAGGCAACAGGAAAAAGAAACUUAGUCAAGACUUGCUUCCCUGCUAGCAUCAGUAAGAUGCGGGAGGUGCCAGUCUAACGAGUAGAAAAGAGCUGGAUCAGAUGAUGCUUGUUUUACUAAGGUGUAAUAACAAAUAACUGGUCAGCGGUUCGUGGAAUUAUCUAGUAUUAAUUUAAUUUUUAAAUGCCAAUUUAAUGCUUUUACAGUUUACUGUCUAAAAUUGUUCUGCUGUAAAUUUUGCAAAUUAAUUAUUUGUUCAUUUUAGUGUAAAUGCA